AUGCGUGAUUAUUUCGCGGAACCGCCAAAAUUCGGCGAACGCUUCUUUCGUCAUCGUUAUCGCAUGAGUAAACGGUUGUUUUUAAAGAUUGUUGGUGACAUUGAAGCUCAAUACUCGUAUUUUCAACAACAUACGGACGCAAAGAAUAGACAAGGUUUCUCGCCGAUACAGAAAUGCACGUCGGCAAUCAAGCAACUCUCGAUCGGUGAACCAUCGGAUAACUUCGAUGAGUAUUUAUGCAUGGCCAAUCGCACGUCACGCAAAUGUCUUAUCAACUUUUGUGAUGCGGUCAUUAAUAUAUAUCGGCGCGAGUUUUUACAUAGGCCGACGUCCCAUGACAUAGUUAUGAUCCAACAGCCGCAUGAAGCGCGACAUCAUCUUCCCGGGACGCUUGGUAGUCUUGAUUGUACGCAUGUCGAAUGGAGGUAUUGUCCAAGGAGUUUGAAAGGGCAAUACACACGUGGGGAUCAUAAAGUCCCUACGAUCAUGAUUGAGGCUGUCGCUUCACAAGAUUUAUGGAUAUGGCAUUCGUUUUUUGGUCCUCCCGGGUCAAAUAACGAUAUUAAUGUGUUGAAUCAGUCGCCUUUGUAUGACAUGGUUCGAAAUGGGACGGCUCCAAACUCAUCAUUCAUUGUUCGCGGUCGCUAUUACAAACGUGGCUAUUUGCUAACUGAUGGGAUUUAUCCUAGGUGGUCUAUGUUUGUUAAAGCUUAUCCACACCCUGUCGAUCCAAAAGAAAAGAAGUUCAAGAGAGUACAAGAAGCGGCAAGAAAAGAUAUUGAAAGGGUUUUGGUGUUCUUAAGGGAAAAUGGAAGAUUUUGGAGCGCCCGAUUCGUUUUUACGAUUUAG